GUACAGGAACAGCCUAUUGGCUCAGAGUGUCUGACACUCCGAGGGAGGAGUCGUAAAGUUUGAUGGUCACAGACAGGAAUGACUUCCUAUGAUGCUCCGUGUUGCAUCUUGGUGGAAUGAAUCUCUGGCUGAAUGUACUCCUGUGCCUAACAAGUACAUUAUGGAGUGGAUGGGAGACAUUGUCCAAAAUGACAUACAUGUCAUGUUAUUUAUUUAUAUAUAUUUGUAUUGGCACAGCUUGUUGUCUCCUGCACUCUGAUCGAUCUUUCAUUGAUCCUGUUAUAGUUACUGUUCAACAGAUUUGUUGUGUAUGACGACAAGAAAAUGAAUCUCAGGGUUGUGUAUGGUGACAUGCAUGUACUUUGAAAAUAACAUUUACUUUGAACUUCGAAUUUGGUUCUAAUGCAUUUGUGCUUGCUAUCUCUUUAAUAGUUAAUUUUUGUUCAAAAAAAUAUCAGUUUUACUCUCUUUAUCAGUGUCAGCAGUUCCCCAGCCACCAAGAUUAAACUAAUAUUCUCUGCAGAGGACUCUGCACAUAUAUUGCUUGAUUGGUCUUUUGUGUUCUUACUCUUUACAUUACAAAAAAGUGCACUUCAAAAGGUAUUACAUCAGCUCUGAAGAAUUUGAUCAUUUUAUUGAUGCCUAUUUCUUGCUAUACAAAACUUCUCCUCACCAACUAAAGGAUUAAUUAGAAAAGUCAAAAGAUAUUUAAAAAGGCAACCAGAUGUUAAUGGAAGAUAAAACAAUUAAUGGUUGACGUAGCUUUUGGCUGCUGCUGAGGAGCAAGGAUAGAGGGCUCACUGCCACUGAUCCUCCACCAGGAGACAGACCAGGACUCGGGGAGCGAAACCCGUAAAUCUGAUUAAACCGGAUUUAAUUUGAUGGUGUGGUACUGCGCUGUCAUAAAAAAUUUUGAUGGGAAAUUAGAAUAUAUUUAGACAUGACUUGCAGAUUUAAACUGAUAUUUUGUUUUAAUGCUUGCUCAGCCCGCACACAGGAUAUGGAAUUUAAAAUAUUUCAAGCUUUAACCUGCCAACCCACCUUUCACAUAAAAAACUCACUGUGCAAAUCAAGGCUGAGAAUCGUGUUGCGAACAUCAAUUGACAUCCCUUAGUCAGGAAAACGUUCAGAAUUUUUAACAAUUUGAAGUGGCAGGAGGAUCUGUUUCCAAAUGACAAUACUUAAAUGAAUCAUGGAAGCGAUAAGUUUUAACUUAAAGAGACAGUGUAGAGCUACCAGUGUAAACAAACUAGGAUUCUUUCACAGCACCGGGAAAGGCAGAAUUGGCCGAAUAGUCUCAGGUAUUGAUUAGGGGAAUGAUAAUAAUAAUUAAUUGCGGUAUUAAUUAAUAAUAGUAUAGGUGCGAUAACAGCCAGCCAGUUUCUUACAAGAUGAAUAGAUUGUGCAAUUACUGCGCAAUACAAGUGGCUCUGACUACCACUUGCCUGGAGUACUAAUUAAUAGAACAAAACAUAAAUGUCGAUUUAAAACUAGAUUGUAUAUAAAUCCCGAUCUCAGCAAAUCGAGAUUUAAGUCAUCACUCCGUGAGUGCAAAUUUGGCACGUCAACGAGAACUCCCAAUGAGACAAGUCCAGCUGCAAUACUCGUCAGGUCGAUUAAUUUACCGGGAGCGUUUGCCGUUUCUGCAUUGAUGCUAGAGCAAGGCAUAAAAAUGCUGGAGGAAAUUAUCAGGUAAAGGUCUAGACCCGAAUUGUUUAUUUCCCUUCACAGAUGCGGUGUGGCCCCACCGACUUCUAGUGUCCCUGUGUGUCGUCGCACCUUCCAGCACCGACACAUUUUUGUCUGUGUAGAUACUUCCCGCGCCAACGAGUACCUCCAAUAGUUUGUUUUUCAUUUCAGGAUAUCCAGCUUCCUGACCUCAAAUCAGCCUCGAUUACGUCGUUUCAUUAAGAGUAAACUUAUUAUCAAAUUUCGUACUAUUACCACCCCGCGAUUCAUUUUCUGGCAGGCAUUCAUGAUAAAGAAACAAUAGAAUUUUACGAAAAACUAUAUUGAAACUGACUGACGAACGCCAAUGGCUAAACCCCCUUCGUCGAGAAAAAUAACACUGAGAACACAAGUUGUAAUAAGUUCUUAAAGUGAGCGCAUAGAUGUAGAGUCAGUUCAGAGUUGUGGUGAUUGAAGUUAUCCACGCUGGUUCAGGAGCCUGAUUGCUACAAGUUGUUCCUGAACCAACAACCAACUUCCCGGCCAAUAUAGUAGUUCAAUUACUGCAGUGUGGUUCUUCGCAAUCAUGUUAAAAUGAAGCACUUGCUAUACAAAAAAUAUGAAACUGCGGCGAAUGCAUCAUGUGCAUAUAGAACACUCGGGUAAAUUCUAGAUGCAGCGAUUAAGCAUUUAUUCGGCAGACAGUCGGGCUGACAGGUAAAGCUUACAAUUUGUAAGACUAAAACAAGAUGCUUCUUAAAAAAAAUUCUUGGACAUGGCAAACAGUCUCCAAUGAAUGCAACUGAUAUUUGAUGUUCAUUGUGGCCCAACAUUUCAAUAGUCCGAACACGUUUAUUUAUUUUGCAACGCUGGGAUCGAUUCUUGGACCGAGCAUCCUCUCCCUGCUCCUCUCCGCGCGACGCCGGACUUUCUCUCGCGAGGGUCGGGCCGACCAAUAGCGCACGGCGGGGCUCUCGCCGCCCGGUGUCAAUCAGGUGGCGCCAUCCAAUUGGGGCAGGGAAGGGAUGGGAGGGAAAGAGCGAGGCCAAAGCCAAGCGCUGGAGGUUGCCCGAUAGCGAAGCCGAGGGCUGUAGGCCGAGCCGGCGGUGGUAGCGGCUCCGUGUCGCCACCAUCUUCCCGGCUCGUUCCAUCAAGGGCGGCAGCAAGAGGGGAGUUGAGGUCCGGCUCCGGCCCGAGCCCGGGGUCUCCGUCCACUACCAGCCUCCGCCCCCCUUCCUCCUCCCCGGGCCCGGCUUCAGAGCGACUCCGUGGUGCCUGCGGCCUGGCGCAGGAUGGAAGAGGCGGCGUUGGCCGCGGCAGGAGCUGGUGAGGGAGGCGGCGGCGGAGAGGCGGCAUCUGCGGCGCCGCGGCGACGGAGAAACGACAGCUCGGUCGAAGAGGACAAACCGAACCCGACGGCGCGGAGGAGAAGCAAGAGGCCGCGGCCUGCGAGCGAUGAACGGAGCGGCGCCGGUGUAGCAGCGGGCUCGAGUGUAGAGCAGUCGCCCUCAGUCUCGGAGUGCGCGCCCAAUGAUGAGGCGGGAGGCCCAGACGGCGGAGACCAGCAUCAGCCAGAGGUCUCCGGAGCAGCGCACAGCGGCGGCGAAUCGCCGCAGGAGAGGGCCGAGGCCACCGGGCCCCGGACUCGCUCAGCCAGCAUCAGGCUCUGCAAAGUCAACGGCGUCAGCGGGCGGCGCUCCACUCCGUCCAGUAGCCGGCCCCGAGCGGAGACCGACACGGACGGCAGGUGCAAGGAGGCCGAGUCUCCCGGGCACGCCGAUAGCGAGAGCGACGGCGAGGCGGAGACCGAGGACCCGAGUUAUGAGGUGCAGCAGGGCCGCAGGAUCCUAAGCGAGUUUCUGCUCGAUAAGCACAAGACCCUGACGGCGCCCUUCGUGCAGCCCGGCGAGUCCGAAGGCGGCUGCCAGCCACAGUCGCAGCCCGUUUGGUUCCGCAAGAUGGAAGAGAAAUUCGACAAUAACCAGUACGGUGGCAUCACGGACUUCGUGGCCGACUUUCGGCUGAUGCUGGAGAACUGUUACCGCUACCACGGCGUGGACCACUGGCUCUCCAGACAGGCUCAGAAGUUGGAGAUGAUGCUGGAGCAGAAGUUGACGUUGUUGUCAAGACCGUUAAGAGAAAAGACGACCAUUGCAGUUACGUCAAAAGGCCGUUAUGGUUUGGAAGAGGAGCGAGGGGCCACUCGUCGACGUUCCACGCCACGCAGCUUAGGUGGCAUGUCCACAGGCGUCACAGAGUCCGUAAUGAUUCAGGCUUUGAGACAAGAGGAACAGCAGCGAGCAAGGGAAGAAAAGAGGUUACGUGAACAGGAGAGGAAGGAGGCAGAGGAAGCUGUCCAAAAAGAGAUUGAAGAAUGGGAGAAGAAUCUACGAAGCCUGGCUGAACCGACUCGCAUGGAGACACUUUGGGAGAUUCCUGCCAUUGGUCAUUUUCUGUGUUUGGCUCAGCAGAUUCUUAAUUUGCCUGAAAUUGUCUAUUUUGACCUUGAACGCUGCCUUCUAAUGCCCAAGUGUAGUAGUUUUCUGGCUAAGUUAAUGACUUCUUUACUGAGCCCUCAUCAUCGCCGUGCAACUUUGCACCGUAAGCCACCUUUGCCGUACAAAAUGUGGGAGGCUGCAUUGAAAAGAAAAGUGCAGCAUUGGUAUGUGGUGGUUGGACAGGCUGAAAAUCCCAAUCUUCAGGCUGAAAAACUUGGACUUUGUCCACAGUUUUUCCAUGUUCUAGGAGAAACUAGUCCUUUGGAGACUAAGGCUUUCCAUCAGAUAACAUUCUAUAAGCGAGUUUGGUUGCUAAAGGGUCUAAGUGAUCAUGUAUAUGAAACACAGAAAGAGGUCCAAGAUGCAGUUUUGGGGCAGCCCAUCCAUGAAUGUAGGGAAGUAGUAUUAGGAUAUGACUCUCAUGAGAAUGCUUAUGUCCAUUUUCCACAGUUCUGUGGUGCAGACUUGCGGGUUUAUAAACAAUGUCCUCUUCCACCUCCUGAAUUUCCUAUUCCACCGAUCAAGAUCUUCAGAAUGUCACAGCAGAGAUCAGAGGAGGCAAGAAACAGACUAUCAUUGGAAAGCCCGGAAAAAACAAAAUGUGAUAAAAAAGAAACCACUAACAAAAUAACUCACAAUUCCAAAAUGUCCACUGAAGGCAUUGACUCUAGUGACUUGGAAGGUUUUUAUGUUAAAGUGGAAUCAGGUUCUCAGUUUCUUUCUCAAAGUGAAGAAGAAAUGAAAAUCAGUUGUGAAUGUAAAAAUCAUAGAAUUUCAGCAGUGAAAAAAGAAAAUGUUGGCUCCUGUAAAGAAAACUUGGUGAAGCCUGCUAGCCCUGGAGAAGUCGUGGGGUAUGGGGAACCUCUUAGCCCAGGAGAAAUUCGGAUAACUGAAAAUGGGGAGUUUUGUACUGAUGACCCAGAACUGAGGAAAGGUGUGAAGCCAUUGACAGAGAAAGCAAUCAAAAGCUGCAAAACGCUCAUUAAUGGAAGUCACUCUGAAAAUUUGGAUGUUAGCUGUCUGGUUGGUAAAUUAAAUAAUAUUUCUGCAAAACAUUACCUUGAAAAAAUUGAGGAACUUGAGAUGGCUAAAUUGCAUGUCAAGAAAAAGAAGAAGAAGAAAAAGAAAUUGAAAGAUGCAAUGAAUAAGACCUCACAGAUAAGAUCAGAUAUAGUAUGUCCAAAUCCACUGAAGAUUUGGAAGCCAGGAAUCCAGAAAAAAUCUCUACUAAUAAAGAAGAAAACAAAACACAAAAAGCACAAAUCUGGAAAGAAACCAGACUCAGAAAAGACUGAUGAGAAGAAGAAGAAAUUGAUAUCACCACCAUUGCCUACAACGCCACAGUUCCAGCUUGUUUGCACUAGUCUUGAUGAACUCAGGGAACUUAUUGCCAAAAUAGAAGGAGAGCUCAAAGAACUGGAAAAUAACAAGAAGAAAUCGGAAAAAUGGUUUUACAGGCGACAAGCUUUAAAAGAUUUGCAUAGUACCCUAGGACGACUGUUGAAUGAGCUGUUACCAUGGGAACCAAAGCUAAUCAAGGCUUAUCAGAGAAAUCGAGCUCGAAUGAAGAAAGAUUUUGAUGACUUUAAAAAACAGCCUGAUGAUGAUGCAUUCAUUAGAGAUGCUUCACAAAAUGAAGAAAUGGAUCGGGAGCUCAUAAAAGACAUGUCUCCAAAUGAAGCAGGAUCCUCAAACUCUGAUCAUCAAGAAAUAGUUAAGAAGGAAUGCUCCGAACUAGAUGACUUUUUGCAACCAGAUGUUGAGGUACCAACGGCCAGAGUAAAGCCGCUAAGAAAAGAAUGUUCCAGUAAAGAAACACAGAAACAAGCUUCCAAGAAUCCUAAAAGGCAAAUUAAAUGUAAUGAUCUUGAAUGUUUAAAGGAAUCUCCUCCUUGCAAAAAGACCAAAAUAAGCACAAAUGAAGCUGCUGCAAAUCAAAACACGCUAGAUGUGACAUUUGACUCUGAUAUGGGAAAGCAAAAGAUUGAAUCAAAACCUGCAACAGUACAGCUUUCGACUGAAUCACCCAGUUUAAGCGGAGUGGAUGAACAGCUUGUCAAAUCAGAUCAUUCAAAAGGGGAGGUAGUCAAUGUAUCACGAUCAGUUAUGCAGAAAGGGACCAAACCUAUCCAAGCUUUACUUGCAAAACACAAUGGGAACAAAGUGACCUUAACCAGUCAGAUAUCCUCCUCUGUAACAGAGACUAACAGCCCAGAAGAGAGAACAUCUCCAACCACAUUGCAUCCUAGUCCAGUAAAAUUCUGUUCGCCCCCUCCUGUGUCUCCAAAAGGGCCUCUGCAAAUGUUGUAUAAAAUGCCUGAUGGAUCUUGUGUACCAAUUGAUUUAAGUAACAGCCAGAUUAAGAUUGCAGUACAACCUGUUAUUGAUCCAAAAUCUGGAGAAAAGAUCAUGCAGCAGGUGCUUAUUUUACCUAAGAACUUCUUGUCUCAGCAACAAGAUGGUAAAUGUGUUGAAAAAGGAAGUCCACCCAAGACACCAAGGGAGCUGGAGAAACAGCCCUUGGCUGUGUCUCAGAACACUAACUUGGGACACUCUCCUUCAGCUGAUGACCAAUCUCUGUCAUCUGUUAAAGUUCAGUCACAGGUUUCCAGAUUAACAAAAGAUAGGAAUACUGCAGGUACAACGACAGUAACAGUUUCUGCUAAUCAGUCAUUGAAAGUUACAUCAUCUUCGUAUAAUUUCUUGGCAUCAUCUACUAUGGUUGAAACAGAAGUAAGGCCAGAAAUGCCAUCAAUCAUGGCAACUGCAGUUACAACGUCAAAUACUGGACAUAGACAAUCAGCAUCUAUUCAGCCAGCAACACCGACAAAACUACAGAGCAAGUCAACUAGUAACACUGGAACAACACCGAAUUCUAACUUACAACAAUCAAAAGAAUCAACUGAAGCAAAGCAGGAACUUAAGACUGUGUGCAUAAGAGAUUCUCAGUCUAUUUUAGUCAUGACUCGUGGAGGAAACACUGGUGUAGUUAAGGUGCAAACCAACUCAGACCAAAAGUCACCUAAUGCAAUUACUCCUCGGCCAAUAUUUACUUUUUUACCCGAAGUUCAGAAUUUUGUAGUAUCAAAAACACAGCCAUCAUCACCAUUGACCUCUCUAGUUCCUACACAAACUUCCAUUUCAAACCUUGGUCAGCUCCCUGCUUCCAGUUCUGCUUCAUCAGUUCCAUUAGGCUUAAACCAUUUGGCUGGAGACAAAGUUAAACUCGGGCCUAAUAAAACUGUGAAUAAUUCAGGGGUUGUACCUGUUCGUGUACCUCUGCCUACAAUAUUGUCACCAGUUUCAGAUAGUCCAACUGUGAACAGCACCACCCAAAAUGCCAUGAAUAUAGUCAGUGGUCCUGUGGGUGGAUUAUCUAGUGGAGGUCCUGUCCAAAAUAAAGUAACGUUAGCGCAAGCACCAUCACUGCAACUUUCUCUUGAUGCCACAAGUUGCAAACAAUUAUUUCUUACCUCACCAGAAAGCAAUAAGGCAGGAGAGAGUACAUUUUUGGCUGGAGCCACAGUGCCAAAACUUCUAUUGGUUCCAAGUCCCUCUGCUGCACCUUGUGGAACAAAUCAAGUCACCAUGGCUGCUAAUGCACAACCUCAAAAGUUGAUCUUUAUGAGUCCACCUGUUACUCCAAUUUCCUCAUCCUCCAACUUAAUAUUAACAAAACUAGCCCACCCACAGCAUGCUCCACUAAUAAAUGCAACACAGAUGACAGUGAAGAAUGCAGAUCCUUGUCAAGUUGUCCUGUUACCAUUUACCAGUGAAACACCAAUUAAGACCAAUCCAUUGCCUGGCCCUUUUCAGGUAACAGAUAUAAAUAAGGGAAAUCCAGCUCAUCUUGUUCAGAACAAUGUCCCAAAAGUCCCAGGAAUCAAUGUUUUGCCGAAUAUAUCUGCAAAGGUUGGAGAUGGAUUAUCUACCACACGUGCAGUCUUACCAACAACUUGUGUUACCACUUCAGCCAUUCCUUCUGUUGUUGUUGGGAAUCGAAGCUCUUCAUCUUUUAAGACCUCUACAGGAAUUAAGACGUCUGUAAGAACUGUGCAGACACUAGCAACAACAGCUGCAGGUGUAUCUCUUCCAACAUCAACUUUCACAACUUUUGGUUCACGUCCCACUACAUUAAUUAAAAGAAAUGAAAAUCCAUCUAGAUCUAAUCAAGCAAUGCUGUCAGCUAGGCAUCCCGUUGCUAUUUCAACAGUGAAAGCAGAACACCUUGCGUCAUCAAUGCUUCUUGCAUCUGUACAGCCAAAAGUGUCACAGCAGUCCCUGACUCCAUCUCUCUCUUUGCCGAUUUCUACUGCUUUACCAAACCCAAUCACGGUUAAUUCAAAGAGAGUACCAGCAAGCCCUCAGCCAAUGAAUAUAGCCUUUACCCCACAGAACUCGCAUUUUUCAAAGGACAGUUGUCAAACAGUUAUUCGAUUCCAAAAUCCAAACGCAAUAGCAUCACAAAUUGAUUCAAGUACUGCUUCCAGGUUUGCAUCCGUGCCAGCACCUGCUCGGCCAAGUCCACCAGCUAUUGGCAAUGUGUUGUCUCCUGCUGCUUUGGGUCAUACUUCAGCCCAUCAAACAACAAUACCCAGUUUAACAAAACAUUCUGUAAGUACUAAUGCAGUUACUGCAGCUGCUUCUCCAAUGCAGCCUAUGGUACCUGUGCCAUCUUCUAUCAGCAGAGCUUCUGGACCGUUAGAUGAGUCUUGUAUCCGACAGAAAAUAGUCAUCAACACAAGUACUCCUCUGGCCCCAGGGACUCAAAUAGUUAUCAACAACCAUCGGUUUGUUGUUCCACCACAAGGCCUUGGAUCUGGUAGCCAUGUCCUGCUAAUUUCCAAUACACUGAAGCAAAGUAGUCCAGGAUUUCAUGCAGGAACUGAUGUUACCACAGCUUGUCGUAAGGGCAUGAUGGUACCUGCUGUGUCACACUGUUCGCAGUCCUCUGUGUCUCCUUCUGUUCCUCCCUCUGAAAGGUUACUUCAAACUCUGUGUCCUCAGAGUGCUCCACAAAUUAUAACUGCUGUUUCUAAAUCCACUCAGUUUACCACAGGAUCGACGCUGAUAAAUGUUUCUACAGCAAGAUCUCAGCCUCAAACUAUUGUAUCUAACUUCCAAGCUCCUACAACCCAGAGUGCUGCAGUUCUUCCUGUAGAUACAGCCUUCAGUAAAUUAUUGGUCAGUCCAGAGGGAGCUGUUUUAAAUGCUAUUAAUACUGUUGGUAAUCCAAUUGCAAAAGUGGUGUCUCCAUCAUCUCUGACUAGUGUUUCAGCAAAUUCAAGUGCUGCUGUUGUCUUCCCAGCAUUAAAGACAUCGGAAGUCCGUGACCCUACCAGAACUAUUUCAGCAUCUUCCAGUCUUUGAAUUGUAACUGCCAUAAGUCCAAACCAUGGGAAACACACAAGCCUUGAACAGGACUGAAAUUAUUCUUAGAUUAUGUUUUUGGCUUGGGGAUAAGGCACAAUUUAAUACAACAACCGAGUUCUGUAAAACAACAGUGACUGAGAUGUCUAAGAGGCACAAUAUUUAUUAAUCUGCAGUUCCUAAAUUCUUGUUGCAAGGAUGCUAUCCUGGUGUUGUCUCUGUGAAACUUGUGUAUUUCAAUGUACAAAACAAUGUUUAAAAAGUGUAAGACAGCAAAUUUUGAAGGUACUUGUAAAUUUUCCCAGUUUAUAAUUUUAAAAAAACUCAGCAAUUUUAUUGAUUGCUUACUGUGCACUCAAGCUUCUUGCACACUUGCAGUAUGACCUGUAUUGAUGUUUAUAUCUUUGGUAUGCUGCAAUGUUCACUUUAAAUGUGUGACCUUUUUUUAGAAAAUGUGCAGUCGAAAACAAAGCAUAAGACUUGUUUAUAUGCUGUUGCUGCCUUUUUAAAGUAUUUAACGUAGAAAACCUCUGCAAUUGUACAGUUGUAAAUACUUUUGAAUCCACAAAGUUGUACUAAAGUGAAUGUACAAAAGAAUUUUGCUAAUUUAUUUGUUUGUUUAUAUAAUGUAUAGGUUUUUAAGCUGUUUAGUAGCUUUUAAGGACCAGUGUUUAGAGAAAUGCAGACAAAUCUGCAUGAUUAAAAACGUGUGCAA